AUUGGACGAGUGGAUAUCGAACAUAAAAUGCCAGUCGAUAACAAAGCGCAAUAUUUCGAAAACAAAAAUGGCGACCGUGUUGUUACGGAAAUCUUUGCGAACACAUAAAGCCUGCAUAGCACUGAUUAGACCAACAACGAACAUUAUUUGCGGUCAAUGGUAUCACAAAUAUAGGAAAAAGAAGCCACGAGACGCUAAAGUCCUAAACAUAAAAGAACUCCUUGAAGAAGGAGAAGCGAAUGAAAAGGUUACAGAAUCUGAAGCAAAUCCCAAGCCUGCAAUUAACACUGAAUGGGCCCACUCAGAGAAUAGAUUCAAUUCUUUGAAAACUGCUGAAAAGAGGGUUGCAGUUAUGGCUGUUAUAGUCAUGCUUCUGGGAUAUGUAGGGAUUAAGUGGAUGGUAUCAGCUUACCCAUCGAGUGGACAAAUUAAUGAUGAGGCUAUAAAGGGUGAACCUACAUCUGAAGCAAACCAAGCCACAGACAACAAAAAAUGACAGUCAUGUUACACCUUAUAUCUUUCCCAUCAAGUGGACAAUCAAAUGAUGAGACUGAAAGUAAGGGCGAACCUUCCUCACCUGAGGCGAACCCAGCCACAGAUAAUAAAACAUGACAGUCAUGUUACAUGCUAUAUUUGAUUUGCUUUAUUUAAGAAACCUUUUUCCUAUCAAUGUACAGUGCAUGGCUUGCAUGAGAGAAAUAUUUACAUGGAACACUGCUCAAUUGCAACUAAAGUAUAAUUCACUACACGUAAAAUAUUUACAUCUGAAGUGCUAUCUAAAUAUGACAAUGAUCUUUGUUCAUUUAAUUUGAAAGGGGAAAUGUCAAAAACAUGUGAAUCAGAGCACAAUAAAAUAAACACUUGAUUUUUA